AUGAAUGCUCUCACAUACUACAGCGAGUUGGCCGACCGGGUUUUGAACCAUGUCACAGACAGUAACAUGUUCUAUGUACAGUCCGUGGUGACCUGCACCGCCUUGGUAUGGCUCUUGCACCGAGCAUGGCUUACCCUCUGGAAACCCGUUCCAGAGCUCAUCAGCAUUCUAGGUGUUGAAGUCCCAGAUGCGCCCGCAGUCUCCCUCGCCGGUAUUAAAGCCGAAGCUGUCACUCUUCACUGGACCCGGCCUGGUGUCAACAAACCAGUACUCAAGUACUUGAUCCAGGUCAAUGGAGUCAACGUCGGUGAGUCAUCGCGGAUGGAAACCGCGAUCACUGUUACAGGGCUCAAGCCGGGGCACUUUUACAACGUUAGAGUCAUUGCCGUGGGAUCGAAUAAUUUUCAAGCAGGAAGCCGAGUUAUACGAUUGAGGACAUAUGGACGAGACGGGCGGCCUCUUGUUAGCGGUCGUGUACCCUCGAACUUUUCGAUCGAGGACCAGGAUAGCGGUGAUGAGCUGCCAUCCAUCCGAACACAAGGCGCUGGGGUCGAGAUGGCAGCACUUAACGAAGGUGCCCCAGCACUACAACGAGAUUCAAGUUACCCUCAAUCCGGGCAGAGACGAAACACUGGCGGUAGGAAGCAUUCUCCAUCAAGCGCUGCUGCCGAUCAAGCAGCUUCUGACAAAGUCUCGUCUAAACAUCCGGAGUCCAUACACCAAUUAACAGAAAAGUUUGAGGGUAUACGCGGUGAUACGGAGGAGAUAAUGGGUCAGAUUACACGAGAUGCCGAAGAUUUUAAAUGUCAGAUGGAUGACCUUAGGAAGGAGAGAGAUGAAAAGAAGCAGAUGCUGAAGGAAAAGGAGGAAGCAAGCGAAAAAUUGAAGAGGGAGGUCAACAGCUCAGAGCGCGCCAACCGGCAGGCUCAGAACCGUAAAUCGCAAAAGGAGAAGCUUUUACGAGACAAGGUAGCCGAGAGGGCCAAGAUGCAAGAAGAUAUCGCGAGAUGGGAACAGGAGAUCGAGACUAUGAAGGCCCAACGCGAGACCUAUCUGCAAGAAAAAGAGGAUCAUUUGGAAGCGAAAGGCACUGAGGCUGAAGAACUACGGGAGACCAUACGAGAACAUCACGGUUCCAUAAGUGGGUUGGAAGAGGAAAUUCGCGUCAAGGGGUUGCAGCUCAAGCAGCUUGAGGAAGAACGCAAGCAUCUUCCAGGGGGCGAGGACAGUGAGGAAUCUCGGGCUCGCGAUGCUGCAGACAAACAGCGUGAUGUCGAAUGGGAAAUCAAGCAGAGAAAUCUGACUGAGCAGCUGACCAACCGAGCGGUUCAGCUUCGACAGCUUGAGUACCAGCAGCAGGAACUCCAGAACACGAUCAGUGCACUCAGUAUUCGUCAAGCAAGCAAUCCUCUCAUGUACCAUGGAAAUUCCUCGGGUGUAGAUUUUGAAUCUAUGGCUGGACAAAACAAACCAAAGCCACGCAGAAGUCGCAAGGGCAAAAGCCGGACGAACACCGUUUCAUCUCCCGUUGCUAGCUAUCCAAUUACCGACUCUCCAUUUCCGAGCGUUAGCUCAUACAACAACUUGAAUGCAACAUCUUCUACUUUUGCCCAAGGACCAUAUUUCGACCUGACGCCCAUGGUGCCACUCUCCGAUCACUUUGGAAUGAGCGAAGCGGAUGUCAAGGCUCUGACAGCAGGGGCUCCUCUCAGUCCCACUGCAACUUCACUGUUGCCUUCUAACAUCUUCGAUAUUGAUGAUGAUCCUCCAAGUCCUCGUGCAGGCUCCACGAGAUCGUUUGGCGGUGCUCUUUACAGCAAUGCAGGACAAGCAGUGUUUGGUCACGAUCCUCAAUCACCUUCCUCCUCGAGUCGUUCUGCAAGUUUAAUAUCAAGCCCCCAAGCUUCCUCCCAAAAUCUUGCAAUGUAUGGUGUCUCUGGUCACGAUUAUGCAAUUGAUAGUGAUCGGCGAUCUUUGCACUCGCCAAGGGCAGAAUUCGGUGCUAUUGGGUCCCCAAGUGCAUCCAGCUCCAGGCUUACGUCCAAUAAAGCCCUUAGCAGCCUAUUCCAAUUCUCAAAGGCCCGGGGUAAAACGAUUCCACAAGAUGGUCCUCCUCUUGGUAGUCUUAAACAGGGGCAAAGCCAAUCACUCCCACGCUCUGCCGAUGAGCCGGAAACGGAAGCAGUUCGUAGGCGCCGUCGUACUUCUCUUUCUUCAAGCUGGAACGUGCCAAACAUCUUUAACCGCAGCCAAGCAGUGAGCGAGGCCACGGAAGGUAAUGGUCCUGCACCUGCGCGAAAUCCUACCAACAGAAGUAGACGGCGCGCCUUCGGUAUGUUUGGUAGCGGCUCAGAUGAUCCCAGCUUGUUCGCCGAUCGUGACCUCAGCAGCCCACGCCCCGUGUCCAUAGCUUCUUCUGACCUACCUCGUCCCUCCACCGACAGUGCCCCCUUUGGAUGGGCCGCUGCCGAAGGUACCUCGAUGCACAAGAACAGCCCUUUGGCCACUAAUUGGUCUGUGAACGUAGUCCAGCCUUGGUCUAGUAAUCCUUCAAGGAGACCAAGCAUUCAUCAAAGUUCCUCCACCACUGCCUUGACGUCUGGAAUUGCCAGCGAGGAUGAUGAGUUCUUGCCGUCAGAUACUCUGGCAGGUCAAUCUAGUCCUCCGCCCGUUGGUGUCAUUGGCACCAGGCCUGUUUCUUCGUAUAAACAGGUAACGCCAAAACUCAACCCCGCAGCACCCACCUUCAAAGCCAUGUUCCCAUUGUUCAAUUCAAAGACUGACAAAGGAAAGGACGGCGGCAAAGGCAAAGAGAAGGUCAUCGAGAACCCGCUAUUUUCUGGCGACGGGUCGAGAUCUAUCAAUGCCACGUCGCCGUCAGAGCCAAGGCAGUCCCGCGACACGCCUUCUAUUCGCACCCAGAACAGCAUGGCUGAAUCUCAUGACAGUCUGGAAAUCACUUUAAGCAACACCACCUCGGAGCUGACAAAUCCAAGUACUAAAGAUAAGGAGUCAUCCUUCAGGCAACUUCUUCGCAAAGGGAGCUCCAGCAAGUUCAGCUUGUCUUCCAUCCGUGGCAAAGAUUCUGGUCUAUUCGGCGGUGGUAAAAAGGGUGGCAGCAGUGUUGCGACCUCUGAGCGUGAUGGCAGCCUUGACGGAUUCGGAGAGGAUGGCCAAGGUGGGAAGAACACAGAAAGCGUUACUAGUAGUCCUAUGCUGGGAUCUGGUGAUUGGAAAGGCAAGGAAAAAGAUAACCACCCCGGUACGCCUAAGGAAGGCCGCAUGAGCAAUUGGACUAGGCCUUUCAAAAGGGGAAGGGCGAGGGAGAGUUCAGAUGUUGAACGUAGUGAGGCUGAGAUGACUGGGACUGAGGAUGAGUACGUUUGA